CUGACGUUCUGUCGUCUGCUUCUCGACACAGGCGCGGGAAAUUAGGAACAUAUGCUGUUGGCAGGGCUGAGAAACGCCACUCUUCUAUUUAUUCUAGUCAGUUUUCUAGUCAGUUUGAACCAGUAAGAAUUUUAAAGAAUGAAAAAUCACCCCUUCCGUCCUCUACAUGAAAGGGACAGAAUGACUAUAGGAGCUAGCUACGAUUAGAAAGCCUCGCGAACCAUCUCGCUGCCUUAGAGUGUUCGUGGACUCCAUGUUCGGAUUAAAUCCUUAAGCUCCAGUUCCCGCACUGUCCUCGAAAACUAUAUUCACAUGCCUCCACAGAUUACAACAUGUAGAGGACAUAGUGAGCACAUCUUUCACUGAUCCCUGUAGAAGAAGUCGUGGCCGCCUCCUCUCUCGGCACUGAUCGCACUCUCCUCCGUCAGUCGACAGCGUUCUCUCGCUCUUCAUUACUCGCAGGCUCCAGGCUCAAACACGAUCGAUAGAUAAUUCAGCAUAAACAUUUUGUGAUGUGAAAUUGAUGGCUCACAACAGGAGAUGGCAGGCCGGAGACGAGCAUGAAAUCGCCAUAAAGCAUAGUUGUGGGCAGAUUCAGUCUUUCUCCCUGACAUGAGGUCUCAGGAGACCGUACGAGGAUUGCCAACCAAGAUGUUCCUUCAAAACCGGACCGGAUCAAGUCUAAUCCAAGAUAAACAAAUGGAAGAGCAGGUCUUGAGCUGAGAAGUCGCAAUCAUCACAACCGUUUGACGUCUGCAUACUGGAGAAAGUGUCGUCUGCUUCCAAAAUGGGGUUGAGGCGGCGGUAUAGACGGCCUACGGACAAUGUAUGGUAUAUUGCAGCUUCAUGUGUGAUAUUCUUUCUAGUCGGGAACUUACUCAUGUUCCAAAGCUACCACACCUUUGUCGACGAUGUUCAACAUCGUGGCAACGUCCACAGUCCACACGUCGUCGAGGUGUCCCCUCAUUCGUCACUAGUCAGAGAUCUCACAGACGACCUACUCAGUAGAUCGUACGGCAAGACUAUCAACAAUCAGUAUUUUGUGUUCGAAAGCAGGCUAAGAAAGUUAAUGGAGGAUACUCGAGAGAAUGUUUAUGCAGAAGGACUUUCAAGUUCCCAUACCCCACAAAUCCAGGGAACGCCGGUUACCGGAGACUCUAUGCUUAAUUGUAACGACAUAGAAAAUAUUACCGAAAGGGAAUUUAUAGCUUCCGGCUGGACCAAAGCAGUGUUCAAGGGAAAGUACAAAGGAAGGUCAAUGGCAGUGAAAACAGUUUAUAUUGGUGGUCAGGAUAUAAAUACGUGUAUACAACAAGGUGUUUCAAUGGAGGAAUGUUACCACAGAGCUGCACAGAAGAUAGUAAAAGAAAUAGUUGUGCUGCAAGCAUUGCCACAUGAGAAUGUCAUAAAGGUUAUUGGCUUCUGUGUUCCCAAGCAACGGUAUGAUGGUGACAGCAACACUGCCGUUGUCAUGGUUACAGAACUAGGAGAGACAAUCGACCUGAUCAAGCUACUACAGUUAUCAUGGGAAGACCGACUGAGGAUUUCUUACGACAUGACGAGACUUCUUCGAUUCAUGUCGACUACGCCCUUCGGCUCGAUGGCAAUGAACGACUUCCGGCGGCAGCAGUUUGUGUUGGUCAACGGCCAAUUGAAGCUGUCAGAUGUUGAUGACGUGGGUUUUGAUGAACCCAAAUGUCAAGAAGAUCGGGACUGUUCUCUACAUUUCUCCAGCUCCAACUUCACAAAAAGGAUGCCUUGCCUACAUGGUCGGUGUAAUGGUUUCAACGAAAUGCGAAACACUUUUAACGCUGGCAGGCACUUCACAACGUUCCUUCUUCCCCACGGCGCACCGCCACUUCUGAAGUCGCUCAUCGACCGGGUUGUGGACGCCUAUGAAAACCUCAGCUUGGACUCACGACAGCUCGUGGACAACAUGGAAAAGAUCGUCAGUUUAUACAAAUCAGGCAGUCAUCUCAACAGGACUGCUGCGACCGUCCCCCGACCAGCAUUCAUUCACUAUAAGGAGAGUGAUCUCCCCGGACAGUUCGACUAUAGGUGUCGCUUCUCGAUGUCGGGAGGCGGAUGUACACUGUCAGUGUUUGACCGACAGGAAGCUGAAGACCUUUGUAACCUUGACCCAGAUUGCAAGGGAUUUGUCUUCACAAACCAAAAAACAUGGACAGGCCGGACGAUAGUGCAUUUAAAGAACGGAGUAGCAGCCCCCACACAUAAUUCCAAAACAGAGCUGUAUUUGCGACCAUCCUGAAACGCCCUGGACAGAAAAAAAACGCCGGUUCGCGAUUUUCUGUGAAAUACCAUUGCUGUGAUAUGGAUCGGACAAUUUCAGUUCCCACAUUUCAUUAAUGGUGCUCUUUUGAAAAAUCAACCCCACUCUCUAUCCAUCACCGGGACAAUCCGCCAGAAGGAAUCGGAUUUGAUCAGAGUGAAGCCCGAGCGAGCGGAUCAGCGGAAGUUGCAAUGCGUCGGCACGCCACGCACGAUCUCCACGUGCUUAUGACUCAUGCUUCUUGUAGAAUCAAGAGGCUAUGUUGCAGAUUGGAAACUUUCGUCGAAGGUGUGUGGAGGGUUGUGGCAAUUGAGUAGAGCAGGGAAGGAAUUGAUCUUCUUCAGGAAAUAAUAAGGGUGUUCGUAGAUGGAUGCUAGCACAUCGGAAAUUGCUCUGACUGAAACGUGCUUUCUUGGCGCCUAGCUGCCACAGACACUUUAUAGGGCUAUUAUUGUUUGAGGCCAAUUGAAAACUGCAGAGGGAAGUAAUUUGACAUAUUUUUGAAAACUCGAAUACAGACUGUUAUUCUCCCUUUAGUCGUUGAUAGGCUUCGUGUAACUACCAGAGCGAAUACGGUGUUAGGAGCUUGAUGAUACUGUGGUUGUGUCCGGGGAUUACAUGGGCAGACAAGGAUCAGGGUCUGUGGACCAAAUGAAUACACGCCUUGAUAAAAGCAGUGAAAAUACCAAAACCAGACGACAUCAAGUGCGUCGCCAUUUUGAAUAUCCCCUUAGUAGAGAUAUUCUGUUAGUUUAGGUGAUGAUCGUGAUUAUUCCAAAGCCUGGGAGAUUGUGAUGUUUACUUUAGCCGAAAUCCAACAAUUGAUUCCGUAAGAGAGCCCCAAAUCCCCUAAAUUGAAGUUGAAUUAAAGAAUUAUAUCCCCAGACGGGAAAAUCCAUUGUUACAACUUAUUACGAACUCGGGAGCGUUCCCAGUGACGUAAAUCCAGAGACUGUUUUGUGUCCUGCAGAUUCAGUGAUUGGUGCUGUUGGUGUGGACUCGAGAGAAGUACAGAACAUAUCAAAACAUUCCAUUGUGUUGUUCAGACGGUUUGAGUGAAAUCGUCUAUAAAUAAGCCAUGUUCAUUGUCAUAAUGUUGAACUUGCUGGUAGAGUGCGUUGUCAGGACAAUCAGUAGGUGUCGGCACUAAGCGUGUUGUCGGGAGUUCGCGUUUUAGGUGUGUGAGGAGUCUUCGUCAGUGAUGUAAGGAUGUCGAUAUUUGUUUGUUUAAUAUAAAUCAUUUUUGUAACUA